GUCAACGUUUUGCUUCUGACGUGGUAUCGCUGGCUGGAGUUUGAUUCGUAAGCCGGGAUACAAUUGUAGGGAAAAAUAGUGUUUUAAAACAAAUUAAGUUGAAUUUUCCUCGUUAUAUAGCUUUAAAAUGAAGCUUACAGGGAUUCUUCUAUUGAUUGGAUGCCUUAUAUCAACGGCGUGGACAGCAAAAACAGUUUCCAAGUAUAUAACUCAGUUGGAACAGGACCGAUAUCGAAGUAUUUUUAACGAAGGUCUGAAAUCAAACGAUUUGCAGGCCGUAUACUACGCUUCGGCAAAUGUAGCCGCCACAGAAAAAACACAGGAGACUUGUAAGGGACUUACCAAAGUUUACGAAGAAUCCAAACUGAAUGACUUUGAAAAAAAUUUCUAUCUUACGGGAGCAUGGAAAAAUUUGGGCUGCAAGGAGACAGUUCCGGCAAAAGUUAAAGAUGCGGUGAAAAACUCCUUGCAAAAGGACGCCAGCUCUUCCCAGGAAAUUUUCUUCAAUCUUCACUCGGCCAAAAGUCUCAACCUACCAAUCGAUGAAACUGUAAAAACGCAACUGGGAAAGGCUCUCCAGGCUAUACUGAGGAAGGACGAUUCCUUGAGCAGUCUUGGUCAUGGAUUCGCUGUUGCAGCGGAGCUUGGAACUCAAGGUGCCUUUGCCUAUGAUCGUGUGGAGGAAGCUUUUGUUCAGGCUGAUGAAGUUGAUGGAAAAAUGUUGCAGUUUGAAGGGGGGCUGAGUAUUACUGCUCUUAUAGUGAACGGUGCAUUUAAGUUGUCGAGUAGUUUGAAAAAACCGGCUCCUAUUAGCGCUGAGCAGGCAACUAAAUUUGCUACCUAUUUCCUGUCCCGUUCGUCAGUUCAAACCCCGAAAGGAAUUAGUAUUCUGUUGGAGGCUUUGAACACUUUGGCUGGUCAGAAAAACAUCGCACCAAUCUGUGUGAUGCUUUCGGGGAACGGACAACUCUUGCCGGAAUCUCCAGUGCUGGGUGUUAAAGUGAGUGACAUGCUUGGAAAGCCGUUGAGUCCAGCUCUGGCCAUUGUGACGGCUUCAAUAACAUCGAAAGCAACCAAUCAGGCACUGGCAAGCAAAAUUAAUUUAGUUCCUAGCAAUGCCGAUCCCAGCGUAUUCACUUACAACCUGAAGUCACUGAAUCCACCACGUGGUCAAUACAAGGUUGAUAUAGAAGCCGGUGAUUACAAACAGUCCUUGAGAGUGAACGUUCUUGGAAAAGUAAAAGUAAGUUCGCUGGAGAUCGGUGUUGGAGAUUCGGAUAGUGUUGCAACUAUCAAAAAACAUUCGGUUAGCUUCGCUAACAAGUUGAAUACGGAACUGGCAGCCGAUUCCCAGCAGAAGAUUGUCCUGAAAACCCAGCUAGCAGAUGAGGCCAGCGGAAAGCCGCUUAAUGUUCAUCAGGCUUUCGUUUUGUUACGUCAUAAGAUUACCAAGCAGGAAAUUAUUUUCGUUGCUGAAGCCGAUUCCGCGAAGGCAUACAAAUUUGAAAUGGAUGUCGGUGCCAGAAGCAAUGAUUUCGGUCACAAAAGUGGAGUUUAUUCGAUCGAACUAAUCGUCGGAGAUGCCCUCAUAUCUAACUCGUUCAAGUGGUUGCUGGCAGAUGUCAACAUUAAAUUUUCACGAGAAACACCGCAAGAAACAAGCAACCAUCCCCGUCAACCUCUACCGGAAAUCAUCCACCAAUUCCGGGUCCCGGAAAAACGUCCCGCCAAAUUGGUUUCCGAUCUCUUCACCGGUCUCUGUCUGGCUCCGUUGGCAUUGCUGUUGAUCCUUUGGGCCAAACUACGCACAAACGUAUCCAAUUUCCCCUUGUCACUAAGUGCACUCGGAUUUCAUCUGGGUUUGGGAGCCAUCUUGGGUCUGUUCGGCAUAUUCUGGUUGAAGCUGAACAUGUUCGAUACGAUUCGUUAUCUGAUCCCGUUGGCAUUGGUGACUUUCCUCUGCGGAAAUCGGCUGCUGCGGAAGAUUGCCGGACGAUGCUCGGAGAAGUAAGGACGCUGUAAGGAUCUCUGCUUGUCUCGAGGCAAGCACACGUACGUACACUCACAUAAACACGUAACAUUCCCUCAAGUUGCAGUCGGUGAUUCGGGGGGUUUACCAAAUAACUGGCCAGGUCCGACAACUAGCAUUUGAUGAUGAGUCAAUCAAUAUUUUCAGUUUUAUUGGAAGUAAAGUGCUGAAGAUAGUCCAGUAGAGUUACUAAUUUUAGCUGUCCGUAUGAAGUAAGUCGAACUGAUAAAGCGAAUAAAUUGAGUGGAAAUGAAAUACGA